CGCCAUUUUGAUUCGAAUAUGACAGAUUUUUUUCCUGCUUUGAAGGCAGUGUAAGGGUUUGCGCUUGGAUUUCUACGUAUAUAUUGAUGCAGAACUGAAACCGAUGUGGAUGAAACUGCGAAGUGCUCGAAAUCCUCGAGAAAUUAUUUUGCAUUAGGGCCGUCGGUUUGACAAAGAAACGAUUUCCUGGAUGUUUAGCUGUCUGGCUACAUCAACAAAACAGAUUUCAUACCCCCUUUCUCAAGGUUGAGGACAGUGUCUAGGUCCCGGUGGCUAAGUUCCAUGCUGAUUAAAGAAAGUGUCUACUGUGCACUCUGCAGUCUACAAGACCAAUGUUUCCCUGCCCGUGGAAGAGCUUUCAUUGAGGAUACACACAUUUUACCAACAGACCUGUGUGCCCUGCCACCAUGUUCUGGAAGUUCGACCUGCACACCACCUCCCACAUCGACAAGCUCCUGGACAAGGAGGACGUGACCCUGCGGGAGCUGAUGGAGGAGGAGGACGUGCUGCAGGAGUGCAAGGCCCAGAACCGCCGGCUGCUCCUCUUCCUCAGCCAGGAGCACUGCAUGCAGGAGCUGGUGGCCCUCAUCACCCGGGAGCCCCCCGAGGACAUGGAGGAGAAGAUCCGCUUCAAGUACCCAAAUAUCGCCUGCGAGCUCCUGACGUCCGACGUGAACCACAUCAACGACAAGCUCGGGGGCGACGAGAGCCUGCUGGAGACGCUGUACCACUUCCUGGAACAGGAGCCCCCCCUCAACCCCCUGCUGGCCAGCUUCUUCAGCAAGACAAUCGGCAACCUCAUCGCCCGCAAAACCGAACAGGUUAUCACCUUCCUGAGGAAGAAGGAAGGCUUCAUUGGCCUGGUGCUGAAGCACAUUGAUGCGUCCGCCAUGAUGGAUCUGCUGCUUCGCCUCAUCAGCUGUGUGGAGCCUGCCCCCUUGAGGCAGGAGGUCCUCAAUUGGCUGAAUGGGGAGAAGCUGAUACAGAGGCUCAUUGAUCUCAUUCACACAGAACAGGACGAGGAGAGGCAGUCCAAUGCGUCUCAGACCCUGUGUGACAUCAUCCGUCUGAGCAGAGACCAGGCCACACAGCUGCAGGAAAGCAUGGAGCCCGACCCUCUGCUCACUGUGCUGGAGUCGCAGGAGAGUGUGGAGGAGCUCCUGAAGAACAUGUUCCAGGAGGGCCGGAGCGAGGCGUGCAUCGUCAACGGAACUCAAGUGCUGCUUACUCUACUCGAAACCAGGAGGCCAGGGUUAGAAGGGCUGAUGGACCUGUGUUCUCAGGGAUAUGAAAGGUCUUACACUGUCAAUAGCAGCAUCCUGCAGGGCAUCGAGCCCCAUCUAAAGGACUUCCACCAGCUCCUGAUCCACCCCCCCAAGAAAGCGGCGAUGUUGACCACCAUCGGGCUGCUGGAGGAGCCUUUGGGGAACGCCCGGCUGCACGUGGCCCGCAUGGUGGCCUCCCUGCUGCAGACCUGCACCGCCAGCGUCAGCCUGGAGCUCUGCCGCCUCCACACCGUCGACCUGCUGCUAGAUUUGUUUUUUAAAUACACCUGGAACAACUUUUUGCACUUACAAGUGGAGCUGUGUGUGGCUGCCAUCCUCAACCACUCGUCCCAGGAGGAGAAGGCCACAAGCACUCUGGACCACUCCAUGGGGCAGGUCGAGGAUGGGGUGGGCCAGAAGAGCAGCACGGAAUCAGCCGACACCUCCGGACACAACGUCCUGGUGGCUCAUCUCUUCCAGAAGUGUCGACUGGUGCAGCGAAUACUGGACGCCUGGGAGGAGAACGAUAAAAUCCAGUCAGAGGGGGGGAUGAGGAGAGGGAACAUGGGGCAUCUCACCAGGAUAGCCAACACCGUGGUGCAGAACAUGGAGAAGGGGCCCGUUCAGGCCCAGAUCGGCGACCUCAUCAAAGAACUACCGGAGGACUGCAGAGGACGCUGGGAAAGUUUUGUGGACGAGACGCUGACAGAAACCAACCGCAGAAACACGGUGGACCUGGUGAGCACACACAACCUGCACUCCUCCAGCGAGGACGAUGACAUGGAGAGCCCCUUCCCCAACGAGCUGUCACUCCAACAGGCAUUCUCGGAUUAUCAGAUCCAGCAAAUGACAGCAAACUUUGUGGAUCAGUUUGGCUUUAACGAUGAGGAAUUUGCAGAGCAUGACGACAACAUCAAUGCCACUUUCGAUAGGAUUGCAGAGAUCAACUUCAAUUUGGAUGCUGAUGAUGACAGUGCCAAUGCUGCAGCCUUCGAGGCCUGCUGUAAGGAGAGAAUACAGCAGUUUGAUGACACUGAAGAGGAGGAGGAUAUCUGGGAGGAGAAGGAGAUUAACUAUGCAACACAAGUCCGGUCCAGAACAAGGUUUGGAGUCUCACGUACCUCCGAGGGCUCCCCUAGGACUGACAUGGAGAACGGGGAGCGGGGUCGAGCCAUUGGAUCGGGCGUCGAGGAGGAGGCGGAGUCCAAAGAGAGCACCACCCACACGGAAAACAACAAAAACGCAAGCCAGACCGAGGCCAAAGAGGCAGACUGCACAGGAAGCCCGGGAUGGACGGCGAGCUUCGAGGACGCGGUGAGCUCCGCGGCGCCCUCCCUCUGCGCGGCCGUGGACGUGGGCUCCAGCGCCUGGGACUCGGCCCCGCCCCAGCGAGACCCCGCGCAGAUCCCCGACAAAGGGUGGGCCAAGUUCAGCGACUUCCAGCCCUUCUGCUGCUCGGAGUCGGGGCCCAGGUGCAGCUCCCCCGUGGAUUCUGAGAGCACAGACUCAGAGGGGCAUCCCAAACAGAGCCAGGACAAGAACUUCAAGGGCUCGUCCCCGUGUGCGUGGAACGUGUGCGUGUCCAGGAAGGCCCCGCUGGUGGCCUCGGACAGCAGCUCCUCUGGAGGGUCGGACAGCGAGGAAGAGGAGGAGGACAAGGCCGACAUCAUCACGGAGACCAUCACCACGGGCGCCGGGAAGGAGACCAUCAAACUCACCAUGGAUGCCAAGAACGAGACGGCGGUCUUCACUAGAGUAUUUAAGCCUGCAGACAGAGGUGAGGAGGCGGAGCCAGCACUCAUGGCCAAGCUCAGCAUCGCCGACGGGCCCCAGAAGGGCGCCGAGGUCCCCGAAAAAACAGAGGCAACGGGAGACCCGCUCAACGCCAUGGCAACCGCCAGCCCUGCCACAGACAUCACUGUGACAGACAAGAAAGAGGAGGCCCCCUCACCGCUGGAGCCCACCCUGAACGGGCCGGCCUGACGCUGCUGGGACCAGGACCCGCUCCGCGCAGCUACCAUUUUACUCCAGAAACCCUCCUCCUACUCCUCCAUGCAACUGUCCUGUGUCUGCGAUUAAACGUGCUGCGCUGCUCUCGGACCCUGCCGAUCAGGAGGGG